AUGUCAUCAUUCCCAGCGCGGGGAUCUUCCCAUGCCGAUCAGAUCAUUCGAGAGGGAUAUGCAAAGAUCUUUGAAGGACAAACGGUUUUUCUGACCGGCAGUACCGGAUCCUUAGGGGGCUGUUUAUUAUAUAAACUGGCACUCCAGCUGCCUACACGCAGAAUAUACGCAUUAAUCCGCGGGACACCGGAGCAAGCCAUCGAAAAAUGGAAGAAAGCCAUGCCCGAUCAAACACCAGCCAUCCUCGCCUCGAAGAAAGUGGACUUUAUUAUUGGAGAUAUCACAGCAAUUGAUUUUGGCAUUCAACUUUCGGCAUUGGAGAAGCUGCGAGAUGAGGUCACCCUGGUCAUUCACACGGCCGCCAAAAUCACAUUGCAUGCUGGUAUUCACGAUGCGAUUGAGAAUAACUGCCUUCCCUCGCUGGAAAUGGCUCGCAUUGCUUCCCACUUUCGACGGAUGAAGCUUCUCAUCCAGAUAUCCACCGCCUACGUGAAUAGCUUCUUACCGGAUGGCCCCGUUCUCGAACGUCCAUAUAACCUCUCCGACCAAGAUCCGGAGGAGGAAUUAGCAUCGAUUCUCUCGCUAGACCAGUCUCCCUACACGACUCGCUUCGCCUCGACAUACGCGCAAGCCAAGUAUCUGGUGGAACGACUUCUGCCCCAGCGCUACCCCCUGCUACCAAUUCUACUUCUUCGUCCAACGAUCUUCGGCCAGGCACUACGCCAUCCAUACCCGCUGUACGGGCUGGAAAAUUCAACACCCGUGAACAAAUUCUUCCAAUACUUCAUGGCAGAUCGAGGCGCAACGCAGGUCUGGCAUGCAGCAGAGGGAUAUACGACUGGAGCGAACAUCUUGGACGAAAUCCCCGUCGAUUUCGUCGCAAAUGCAUGUCUACUUCAUGCCGCAGCCCGUACAACGGGGAUCGUCCAAAUCGGCUCUGAGUUAUAUCAACCGUUGACAUUCGAUGAGUACCUGGAAAUUGCGGUUUCAAAUGCCCCCCCUGCGAUUCGUCGUGAACUGCCACAGGUAGUUUUCACCGAAGAUCGGAGUGCACCGCAAUGCUUCUUGGCGGAGUUGGUGCAGGUUGCGUCUCGCAAUUGGCUGUUUGAUUGUGGGAGGUCUUAUUGGCUGAAACAAAUUGGUGGACCGCUUAGUUUGCGAGCGGAUAAGUUUGAGGUUGAGGAGGUGAACAAGAUGCGGAUUCGACAGAUUUAUAAGCGUGCGAUGGAGAGGGCAGAGAGGGCUCGGAUGUGA